AUGCAUUCAAGGAUAGCGCACAAUCACAUACUAUAUUACCCAACAACAACAGCACCAACGCAACAACAGCACCAACAGCAGCACCAGCAAGUGACAGAUAGAGACAAUCAACAAAUAUUAUCAUCAAGGGUAGCGCCUCCACCAUUUAAAAUCAUCCUCAAACCUUGGCAUACAAGGUCACAACUCCACUUCUAUUCACUGUAUUUAACGAUAGCGAUAAAUAGUAUCAUCAACAAACCAAGCCAAUCAAUCAAACAACGGACAACAUCAAUGACAGGUACAGGCCACAACAUCUUUUGGACUUUGUUUAAA